CAUGAAUUCCACUUGGAAAAUACUUUCAAGCCUCACGUUUAUUUUUUUCGUUAUAGUUACAUGUAACACACAAAGUUCAAAAAUAGUGUCUGGCUAUGUAUCUGGACUUGCUGGUAUGCCUCCAAUUAAUAGGACCACUUGUCAGAGUGAUAAAAUUCUCAGAGAUACAUCUUUGUCGGAUGCUUUCGACUGUGCUCGUACCUGUCACUUGACGGAUAAACCAAAAACGUGCUACUACAAGUUUGUAAUUGAACGUUAUCCCGUUAGUGGUCAAGCAUGUGAUUUAUGCACACCUAACAUUAGCAAUACAAUUUGCCCUAAUUGCCAAUGUGUACCUACCGAUGGUGUGCAACGCAUGGCUUUAACUGUGAACAGAAUGAUACCAGGACCAAGUAUACAGGUCUGUUUAGGAGAUUACCUUGUGAUAGAUGUCGUGAAUAAAGUUAAAGAAGAUGCUAUAACAAUCCAUUGGCAUGGAGUAUUCCAAGAGGAUUAUCAAUAUUACGAUGGUGUACCACAGUUAACACAAUGUCCAAUAAUAUUUGCAACUUCCUUUAGAUAUCAAUUCAUGGUGAAGAACAGUGGUACACAUUUCUGGCACGCUCAUACAGGAUUGAAUAAAAUGGACGGGAUUCACGGUGCCUUGAUCGUACGCGAUCCAGUAGAAACUGAUCCAAGUAGAAAAUAUUUCGAAACUGAUUUGGCUAAUCACGUGAUAAUUAUCGCUGAUUGGUUUCACGAAGAAUCUACUGAACGAUAUCCAGGUCGCAAUGCUGGUGUUACCGGGCAACAUCCUGAUACAUUUCUGAUCAAUGGAAAAGGGCAAUUUACAGAUGCCAAUGGCACUACUACAAACACUUCCUUGGAAGUGAUCACUGUGGAGGCAAAUAAACGUCAUCGUAUCCGGUUAAUUAAUUCUUUCUGUGCCACCUGUCCAGGACAACUAACUGUCGAAAAUCAUAAUCUCUCCGUUAUCGCUAUAGAUGGAAACGAUAUUGAACCCUUAGUUGUUAAUUCCAUUGUUUCGUUUCCAGGUGAACGAUACGAUUUUGUCAUAAACACUAAUCAAACUCCUGGCUCUUAUUGGAUACAACUUCGUGCACUGGACGAUUGUGAAGCUAGAAGCAUUCAACAACUGGCUAUACUGCAGUAUGUAAACGCGUCUGGUACGCCUGCAUCAAGUAGACCCACGUACAGCACUGGUAUUCCUGUAGGAGCAGUUUUGAAUCCAUUGGAUGUCAGUUGUAACACUCCAAAUCCUACAGCGAUAUGUAUCAAUCAAGUGAAGACUGCCAUACCGAUCAGAAGGAUUGUGCGUCAAACGAAAGCUGACUAUCAAUUCGUCAUACCUAUAGGCUUCCAUGCUUACACGCAGCAAGAGAUCUAUCAGCCAAAUCAGUACGCUGAAUUUAUAGUUCCAGGGCCAGGAGUUUCGGUUUCUGCGACGCUAGAUGGCGUAGAGUACAUAUCUCCACCUUCACCGCCACUUUCACAAUAUCGCGAUGUAUCUCCGGAACAGUACUGCAAUUCGCAGAAUUUACCUCGUGGCUGUUCCAGCAAUUGCAAGUGCACGCAUUUGUUAAAGGUUGCGUUGAACUCUCUGGUGGAAAUUGUGUUGAUCGACACAUCUCAAGUCGAGCAAUUAUCGCACCCUUUCCAUUUGCAUGGAUACGCGUUUAGAGUUGUGAGCAUGGGUCAACCGCUUGGUCCUUACUCGUUUACGGGGAACGCUACCGUGAUAACGACGGAUUACGUGAAACAGCUCGAUAGUGAGGGAAAGAUAGAGAGGAAUUUGGAUACUGCUCCUGGUAAAGACACCCUUGCUGUGCCGAACAACGGAUACGUUGUGCUUCGAUUCGUCGCAAACAAUCCAGGAUUUUGGUUGUUCCACUGUCACUUCGUCUAUCAUCAAAUAGUUGGUAUGGAGGUUGUUAUACAAGUUGGGGAACUACGUGAUUUGCCUCCGGUACCACGUAAUUUUCCAAAAUGUGGCAAUUUCGAACCAGAUAUCUACGGGAAUAGAGUGGAUCCUUGGUUGCCGGGAAGGGGGAGAUGGGGCCCACCUCCAUUCGGGCCGUACGGACAAUUGGGUCCAUUUGGACCUAUCUGGCCAACUUCGUGAUUCCCAUAUGCACAAACUGUUGUGUUUAAGAGUUUCGAAAGUUGUAUUUGCUGAUUAUGAUCGUCGGCGCUGCUGUUUGAUGACAAAUAAAUAUCU